ACUUAAUCUAUCAGAGGAAUAAUCGAUUAUUCUGGGGUCUGGCCAUGGGUGGAUUGACACCCUGGGAGUCUCCAUAUCAUGUCUACGGCCUGUUUUUCAGAGUGGCGCAAGCUGCCAGUGAGCCUGAGCGAGCUCUGUAUUAAUACCACCCUCCGUUGUGGGCAGUCAUUCCGAUGGCAGAAACUACCCGAUGAUGAUGAAUGGAGAUGCGUUCUCCGUGGGCGCAUCAUAUCGCUAAAGCAGGAUCCCACUCAUCUGUACUAUAGAUAUUACUCGCCUCCAUCCACAGCUCCUCUGCCCACACCACCGGCGUCCACGUCUCCGUCUCGCGCGGCGUCCAAAAGCGCCAAUGAUGAUUCAGAGUCCCAGUCCGAAACGGCUUCAGAUGAUACUUUGGCCCUCAUCAAACAUUACUUCAACCUCUCCUCAGAACUAACCCGUCUGUAUUCUGAAUGGUCAUCUCUCGAUCCCAAUUUCAAGAAGAAAGCACCCCAGUUCACCGGAAUCCGGAUCCUUCGCCAAGAUGCCUGGGAGGCCCUGGUUUCGUUCAUCUGCAGCAGCAAUAAUAAUAUUUCGCGCAUCUCGCAGAUGGUCGAGAAACUAUGCAUCAAUUAUGGUCCUCUGAUCGGCACCAUUGGCGGACGAGCAUACCAUGACUUCCCCUCACCGCAGGCGUUGACCGGGAAGGACGUCGAGUCUCGCUUGCGGGGGCUUGGCUUCGGAUACAGAGCAAAAUACAUAUACAAUACUGCAGUUAUGGUCGCUAAUGAGAGGGAAGAAGGAUGGCUUGACACGCUGCGAAAUCCAGAGAGUCCUGCCUUCGGAAUGGAACCCGCUCAUGGAGGGGAGAUGCGACCAGAAGGCAGAGAAGGAUACAGGGUCGCACACGAGCAGUUAUUGGCGCUUCAAGGUGUAGGUCCUAAAGUUGCAGAUUGCGUUUGUUUGAUGGGUCUGGGCUGGGGUGAGGCCGUUCCGGUUGAUACGCACGUCUGGCAAAUCGCCCAACGAGACUACAAAUUUGGCCGUGGCGCGCACAAGACCCUCAACAAGGCGACCUACGAUGCCGUGGGUAAUCACUUCCGCAAGCUCUGGGGCAAGGAGGCCGGCUGGGCUCAUAGUGUGCUCUUUACCGCUGACUUGAAGACCUUUUCUGAGCGACUAACAACCUCCAAGAAGGUCAAGGUAGAUGUGGACGUGAAGAAAGAAGAGGAUGGGGAAGAAGAUGUGGAAAUCAAAACCACAGUCACGACGGCCGUGGCAUCCAAACGGAAGAUCAAGGAAGAAGAAGACAUUGAUGAGGGUGAGGCUAAGAAGGGAAAAGAUAAAGUCGUCGUACAAGCUGCAGAGACGACGCACACGAGAAGAGCGUCCAAACGCUUGAGGAAGCAAUGAGCUGUACCUGCUGUUUGAAUUUUUAUGCACUUCAAGCUACAGACUUUUUUACUUCCCAAGUCGUAGCUCAUAGAUCACGUACAUAUAUGUAACUAGUAACUAUAGGAAAUUCCAACACC